UCCAGGUGGCCCCCGUUCCCCUGUCGCGCUGGGGUGCAGCCGUCGCGCGCCCCCAACAGCCGGCGCACUGCGUCCUCGAGGGCCGGCGACCCCUGGCGGAGAGAGGAAGGGUAGGUCCCCGACGGCAGGAGCCCCAUGGCGGAGGCCGAGGGUUCCCUGCGCCUCCGCGACUGGCUAGUGGCGCAGAUCGAGAGCGGGGGCUACGCCGGAUUGCGCUGGGAGGACGCGGGCAAGACAGUCUUCCGCAUCCACUGGAAACACGCAGCCAAGCAGGGCUACCAGGCGCGUCAGGACGCGACGAUCUUCAGGGAUGGCUCCAGAUUAGCCACAGAGGAUAAGGACAAGGAGCAGCCCCCAGGCUGGCCCAGCAGGGCUCCCUGCCACCAGCUGCCCUGCUCACAGGCCCUUUGGCUGACCACAGGUCCCAGAAACAGGACCCUGCACACCCCCAGAGCCCCUUGCCCUUCGAGUGCUUCAGUGACCCUGCAUUAAAAUAUUUGCUGGAAGAAGCUCCCAGAAUCCCAGAGGAAGGGGCUGGGAAGACCACAGGGUCCCCUGCCCUGUCGGGGGUGGGGCCCUGGUGUCGCCAACGCCUGGUGCUCGAGCCCACU